AAUGAGCACUAUAUAUAUCAAUAACCUUAACGAAAAAGUAUCUGCCAAUACUCUAAAACGUGAACUACAACACCUUCUCAAACCAUAUAAUGUGAUAGAUAUCCACGUGAAGAAAACACUCCGAAAAAAGGGCCAGGCAUUUGUCUCGUUCAAAAACGAGAAUAUUGACAACAUCAUCAGAAAACUUAACAACCACGUACUACUCAACAAAAGUAUCCGUGUAACGCAUGCCAAACAAAACUCGUAUGAACUCCUUGACCAGAUCACCAUUGACAGUCGAAUACAAGUCAAGAAGCACAAGUUCUUUAACACACCAAGCAGUAUGUUGAUUUUAAACGACUACAACGAAGAUACCAUCAGCAAAGACCAAAUUUUGGAGGUGUUCGAUCGCUUUGAAGGAUACUUGGAAUUAAGAGUAAUAAAGAAUAAGAAAAUUGUGUUCAUAGACUUUGAAAAGAAGGAAUUUGCUGCUAGCUGUUUGAAUGAUGUCUCGCUCGAUGAUAUGCAGAGAAUUGGAGGGAAAUUAUCUUUCGCCAAACAGUAGAAUAGUCCAGUAUAACAAUAAAUAGUUAAUUGAAUACAGAACCUUUACGAAUC